AGCUCGUGCUCUGGAGUCUCCAGGCUGGCUGGGGUUACGGAGAGCCUCUGAAACAGGUCCUGAGCUCCGAAAGCUUUUCUGCGCGCUGGGCUAUGGGGAGGUUAGCCGCAGCUUCCAUUGUCCUGCUUUGUGGGAAAUUCCUUGUCAUUUUUCUUCUAAGGGAAACGCUUGGCCAGAGCAAGCAAGGAGAGGGCCGAGUGUGUGCCCGAAAUAUGUUGAGAAUCCCCUUAGCCUACAAUGAGACGUAUGCCAAGCCCCAACACCAGCCCUAUUUGACACUGUGCCCAGGACCUCGAGUAUGCAGCACGUACAGGACGACCUACCGGGUAGCCACGCGGCAGGUGCGGAAAGAGAUCUUGCAGGCCCACAUCAUUUGCUGCCCAGGAUGGAAAAAACGUCACCUGGGGGACACUAAGUGUGAGGAAGCAAUUUGCCGCAAGGCAUGUCAGAAUGGAGGCAGCUGUGUCCAACCAAAUCAGUGCCAGUGCCCACCUGGCUGGGGUGGACGGUACUGCCACUUUGAUGUGGACGAGUGUGUCACGCCUCUUGCUGUCUGCGCCCAAGACUGUCUUAACACUGCAGGCAGCUACCGGUGCCAGUGUCGGGCUGGGUAUGCCCUGGAGCCAGAUGGCAAGAACUGUCGCCUGCUUCCCACUGCCCAGGCGGUCCCUCUGCUGGGCAGCAAAGUGCAAACUUUAGGGAUUCAAGAGACAAUUCCUAAUGAGAUCCAGGAGCUUCAAGCAAAAGUGGAACAGCUGGAAGAGCGCCUGGAGCACGCGAUCUCUAUCUUGCCAACUUCUGUGGAGCCCACCCAGGUCAAGGAGCUCUGGAAUCGUCUUCGUUACUUGGACCACGUGGAAUCUCUCAGCGAACAGCUCCUUUUUCUUGAAGAGAAACUGGGAGACUGUGCCUGCCAAAAUGAUAAAAAUGGUUUUGGUUACGACAUCACCCGGUGAUUCCCAAAUCCUGGACUCAAACUGAAUCUGCAGACGACCAGCCUAUCUUUUGCCUCCUAACUCCACGCUGGUGGUCCUUGUUCUUUGAAGCUCAAAUUAAUUCCCUUUAUUUAUGCUAGCGGGCAUAGCUUAUUAAUUGAAAACGAAACACAACGGGUUGCAACUGUGCUGGGUUAAUUAAAGCAAUGGCUACCUUCGAAUCCCACAGAAAUCUCUAGACUCUCACCCCUGAAAGCCUGUGGCAUCCAUCCAGAGUUAAGCCUUUUUGGUUGCUUCGGAUUUUACGGGAGACAAAAAGAGUUUGGGAGAUUUUGGCGAGUUUAAUCUCAGGAUGGGGUGGGGUGGGGAGUUGGCGGCUUGGUGUAUUCUGCAAGCUCAGCCCAUUUGGUUCUGUUACAGUUCGACACACUGCGUGAACCAAGAAAAUAGAGUGAUUCAAGAAACCAGGUUAAGCCAACAGAGCCUUGAUACCUCUUUGAUUUCCCCCCAAUUGCAUCUCCUUACUGAAAUGUACACACUGUUCAUGUGAUGGAUCCAUCUUUUAUUGCCAUGAGGUCUGGUUUUCAACUUCCUUUCUGAUGAGGUGCGUAAACUGACCAGGUUCUGCUAACAGGUGAUCCUCAGUCCAGUCUGGGAGCUUCCGGUUAGGGUGGGAUUACAAUUCCCAAAAUCCCAGCCAGCCUGCAGAAGGCUACUUGGAAGGAGAUGCUUGUUUGUCUAAGCUCCUUCCUUCAGUUUCAAAGCACACAAUUCUUACUAAGAUCUAUCAUUUUUUAACUUGCACAUUUUUAUUCUGUUGUUUAACACUGGAUUUCAAUCAGGAAGUUUCCCUGUUGCUCCUGUUCUUUCCAGCCACACUAGAAUUCAUGGUUACUAGCUUUUCGGACAUACUAAAUCAAAUUGAAUUUAAAAAAAAAAAAGACCAAGAAGUCAGUUAAUGCCUGCGAGCUAUGACAGCAAAACACCUUUCGGUUGGGCUGUCCUGUAAAACUGUGAUGGUUUCUUCCCCUGGUGGGCUGUUUUUAUUCUGCUGUAACUCGUUAUACUGUUUUUAACUCUUGUAAACGGCCUAAAGCCAAAGACCAGCGGGCAGCCAUAAACAUGGAAAAUAAAAAUACAAGUAAAUAAAUAA